AUGUCGCUCAACUUGGAUACCUCCCAAUUAUCGGAGCUAGAAAGUUAUCAACCUCCUCACUCACCAAUGAGGAAGAAGCAACAAAUUCUUGAGAAGAGUAAAAAGGGACAUGAACGAUGUGUUGAUCGUUUACAGCGUAAAAUAAUUUGUGAUAAAAUUGCCAAUGAGGAAGCUAAAAAACAAGAACUACAAGAAAAGGCAAGGAAAUUAAAAGAAUGGAAUAAUUUAAUGGAGACAGUCAAGUCCUAUCAAAUUCCUCUAAUUGCCUCAAUAUCUACAAGUGCCGAUGAUGACACUCCAUUUCCAUUGUCACCAACAAAAAAAGUAUUGGCCAAUGACAGUCUUCUAUCUGCCCUUGAAAAGGAGGCUUAUCAAAACGCUAGAGACGAUAAAAAGGCUGAACUCGCAAAAUUAGCAAAUUUAGAAGCCAAGGAGAGAUGCACAACAAGAAAGAGAUGGUAUGAAGGAAAGACAUCUUUCGAAAGCUUUAACAAAUUGCUAAAAUUCCAAAAUGAAAGACGAAAUGCUUACAAUGAAGGACGAUUUAAGAUAAUGACAUUGGAUGAGGAAUUCGAUGAAUUUGAGGACAAUUUAGCAAAAAGCCAGCACCAAGUGGGUUUGAAUCAAUCAAUUAUUUCAGAAAAGACAUCAACAGGAACUGUUGUGGAAGAUAUUCAACCUCAAAAACAACCUUUAACACCUUUGGAAAUUUCAUCAGGAAGUAUCGGAAAUGUUAGAGGUGUUAUCACACCAAAAGUAUCAUUGGUUAAAAAGAGACUUGAUUUUGUUGUUCAAUAUUUGGAUAAGGAGGAGUUAGUAAGCACCCAAGAAAUAAGGAAGAUGGUUUAUUUGAUUUGUAGAAAUGUGAUAGAGAAUCAAGAAGAUUUACACAGAAAGAGAGUUAGGGUGUACAUUUCCAAGGAGAUGGAUCAAAUUGUUAAAAGAGUAAUUUUUGCAUGCAAUACUAGACAAGCAAUUCAAGGCUUCGUUCGCAAUAUUUGUGAUGCAGUAAUUAGAAAUCAAAAUGAAAUUGAAAGAAAAAAGAGGAAUGCUAAGUUUAUUUCCCAAGAGGUGGAUCAAAUUUUGAAGAGCAUAAUCCAUUACAAUGAGACAAGACAAGAAAUUGAGAGAGUGGUUUCUCUCACACUUAAAAAUGUUAUUGCAACACAAAUUGAUAAGCAAAAUAGGGAAUAUGUUUCAAGGCAAGUUCAAUCAAUUUUGGACAGAGUCAUCCUUCACCAAACAACAAAGCAACAAAUUGAAAAAACAGCUUUUGAAAUUUGUCAAAACGUUCUUCACACCCAAGAAACAAGACAAUAUAUUGAAAGAGUAGUCAGCAAUGUAUUUGAAAAUGUUGUUAAUCAUCAAAAUACUCUGUGCAUCAAGAAUGAAGUUGACCAAAUAUUUUCAAAUGUAAUUCAUACUCAAGAAACUAAACAAAAUAUUGAAAAGACAGUAGAAGAGAUUUUGAUGAAAGUAGUUGUCACUCAGGGAACAAUACUGGAAGAAAAGAAGAUACGAUUGUUUAUUGAAAAGGAAGUGACUCAAAUUCUUAAAACCGUAGUUCAAACUCAAACAAUCAACUCAUUAGUCUCCAAUAUUAUCUAUAAUGUAAUAAGAACUCAAGAAGACAAACAAGAUAUUGAAAUAGUGACCAGAGACAUUAUUUUCAAUGUUAUUAAUCACCAAAAUACCAAAUUACAACAAGAAAGAAACCAAGCUGAAAUAUCAAAGGUGGUAGAGUCAAUUGUAUCCAAUGUCAUUCAAUUCCAAGAGACAAAGAAAUCCAUUGAAACUUACGUCUCUCAAAUUAUUGAAAAUGUUAUUUACUCUCAAAGCAACAAGCUCGAAGUUCAAAAAGUUGUUUGUGACAUUAUUCAAAAUGUAAUUUCACACCAAGUCAAAAAGAAAGAUUGCUUACUUAUUUCUGCAGAAGUCAAUUCUAUAAUUCAAAGAGUUAUAGAUUUCCAAUUGUUUAAAAAAGAGGAAAAUGUUGAUUCUCCAUUGAAUUCAGAAAAGACAAGUGAAGGUGAAGCAGAAGUAGAAACAAGAGUUAUUAUUGAGCAAGAAGUUGAAAGAAUUUUCAAGAAUGUAAUCUCCAACUGGGAGUACCAUAACAAGAUUGCUAAAGAUGAAAGCAACAAAUUAAUAAUUCAGAAAGAAGUUGAAGAAAUUGUAAAGAUUGUAAUUUCAAAAUGGCAAACUGAAAGUAUGGAAAUCAAACAGAAAACAAUCGAGACCGAAGAAAUUCAACAAGAAUCUCAAGUUAUUAUCAAGCAAUUUGUUGAGGAAGCGCUUGGAAAUGUUGUGAACCUCCAAAACUCUCUUUUUAUCAAAAAUGAAGUAGAGUCUAUAAUUUUAAGAGUUAUUGGAAAUUGGAAAGAUGAAAUCUUGUCAAAUGACCAAAGUAUCAAAACUUGCACUGUUGAACAAGUAAUUUCUCAAGAAGUUCAAAAAAUCAUUCAAAAUGUCAUUUCAAGAAACCAAUAA